AUGUCUGGGCUAUCAAUGUUGGAACUGCAUAUUACUGAGUUGGAGAGCAGGCGUCGAAGGUCUGCCCAAGCGCGAGUUCCAUCAGAUCCCAAUGCCUGGCAGCAGAUACGUGAGAAUUAUGAAGCUAUAAUUCUAGAGGACCAUGCAUUUUCAGAGCAACUCAAUGUUGAGUAUGCUUUGUGGCAGUUACAUUACAAGCGGAUCGACGAAUUGCGUGCACACUUUAGUGCUGCUACGGCUUCUACAGAUCAGAGCAAAGUAUGGGCUUCCUCUUGGCUAUUUGUCUGUGAUUCUGAAAAUCGAAUUGUUAUGGAUACGGAUGGAAUGAAAUCUGCUGACAUGAAGAAAGGUUUGAUAUCAUGUCACCGCUGUUUGAUUUACUUGGGUGACCUUGCAUGCUACAAAGGACUGUAUGGAGAGGGGGACUCCAAAACUCGUGAGUAUGCUGCUGCCUCAAGUUACUACUUGCAAGCUGCAUCUUGUUGGCCAUCAAGUGGGAAUCCUCAUCAUCAGCUUGCUAUACUGGCCUCUCAUUCAGGCGAUGAGGUGGUCACUGUUUAUCGAUAUUUUCGUAGCCUGGUUGUGGAUAAUCCCUUUUCAACUGCAAGGGAGAACUUGAUUGUGGCAUUUGAGAAGAGCCUUGUGGUAAUAAUGCAGGAUGAUAUCAUAGCUGUAAAUUCAAAUCGGAAGAAAGAACAAUCCAGCAUUUGGGACUAUUCAAAGUCACACACAUCGAAUUGCUGCAAUGGAACAGCAACAGCAACAACAGUCUGCCUCUAUGCAAGCUCUGGGUUUAAUUUGUUCCCAUAACUGUGUUAUGUG